AUGGCUCCGAUUGUCGCCCGGGACUCCGUUCGCGUCGCCGUGCGACAACCCGUCGUCGCGCUGCUUCUUGCGCUAUCGCUUGCGGCAUCGCCAAUCAUGGUCGCUGCUGACGCGUCAGCGGCUGACGGGACACAGCAUUCACCCGCGGAAACAGCGGAAGCGGCUUCCGCAGCAGCGCAACCAGCGGACGCGGAGGGAGCAGGCGCAACCGGCGCAGCAGCGGAAUCUGCAGCGGGCUCACCAGCGGAAGCGGCGUCGGAAGCGGUAGUGGCGGCGGAUCCCGAGCCGUACUGCGAGGACCUGUCGCGCGGCCCGUUGGUGCGCGAGAUUCGAACUCUGUACCAGGACAGCUACGGCAUGGAGGGCGUGGCGGUGAUCACGCUGGGCGGCAAGGUGCAGCACGGGCUGAAACACGUGGAGGUGUUUAUGAUGACGUUCGCGCCUGGUGCUAAGACCCCCAUUCACUCGCACCCGCAGGAGGAGGUGGUGGUGUUCACGCGCGGAGAGGGCAAGGUGUGGGUGGUGGAGGAGAAGAAGACAGAACCGUCCGCCCAUGCAGUCAAGCGCAACACCACCGUCACCUUCCAACCCAAGGCCCUACACCAGGUGAAUGCUGUGCCAGGUGAAUGCUGUGCCCAGGUGAAUGCUGUGCCAGGUGAAUGCUGUGGCCAGAUUGUGAAUGACGGCAAGGAGGAGCUGCAGCUGAUAGCAUCGUACUCCAAGCCGCCCCACAAGAUGGCGGUGCACGCCACGUGGCAGACCCCCCGCAAGGACGCUGAGAGCGCUGGCCGGGCGACUUGGGACGCGUGCGUGAUGCGAGAGGGCGAGGGGGGUGAGGCGGUGGAGGGGGAGAGAGGGGAGGAGAGGGAGCAAGGGGGUGUGGAGACAGCUGCCAGUGGGGAGGCUGGUGCUGGUGCAGCAGCUGGGGGGAAUGUGGUGGGGGAAGAUGUGACAGCGAGGGCAGAGGAGGAGGAGCUGAGAAGGGACUUAGAGACGGAUGGUGGAAGAGGGGAGGAGGUAGCAGGAUCGUCACAGGAGGUGAAGGAUGAGCUGUAG